GUUUGUCACGACACCAGCCCCUCCUCCUACCCUCGCGCGACGCGUCUCGGCCUCUGCUUCAUUAUUUGCCCUUUGCCCUGCCCGAGCAGGCGCUGACUACAACAACACCACGUCGUGACAACCCCGCGGGCUGAGUCCUUAGCACCCACACCCUCCCUUCUACGCAUGCGCGACACACCAGCGGUCACACUCUAGAAGACAUGGCAUCGAGCCUUGCAGAGGCCGCACAGGGCCAAUAUCCAGCGGAGGAGGUUACGGAACUUGAGGAGCGGGAUGAGGAGAAUGCUGAGCAGGAAGACUACACUGACGACGAGGGCGAGGGCGAGGGCGAGGAGGGAAUACCUAUUGCUAAUCUGAAAGCUGCUCGCCCUCCCGCGUUCCGCUGCCACUCAAUAAGUUCCAACGGUGCCCAGCCGUUCAAGUUCAGAGUCUCCCUAACUCGCUCUUCCCGCCGUGCUGGUCGGCCUCGAUGGGCAAUCCUCCCGCGUCUCAACUCGGAAUGCAUCGCGCCCCGUACGUUCGUCAGAAUCGGCUCCUUUGUGAACAUUGUGAGCAUUGUCGAUGGCGCCCGCCAGGUGGAUCCCGCCCUAGUCCUGGAGAUGCGAGAGCUCGAGGGAAUGACGUGGCUCCACAUUGCGUGGACGUACGAUAUUGACGAACGCACGUGCUUUCGUCGCACACGCAAGUUGUGGCUUUGGAGACCGUCUCUAGCCUCUGCACAGGGGAAAUGGUGGUCUCCGACUGGGUCCUCACCCUCUCAGGCCGCACCGGCUGCUGCGUCACCGCAUGCAGGGCUAACCGUGCUGGCUGCGACCUCAGCGUUGCUCUCCGCCAACACAACCAAUUGCCGCGCAGCCAGUGAGAGAAAAGAGGCGCAUCCUGUGGUGGUAUGGUGGUGUGGCUGUUGCGGGGUCUUCACACUCCUGCGACGGCUUGCGGUUUGGCAGAUGACGGAAGGAUGUAGCUGUGGCAGAUGUGGCGGAGACAAAAUAUCACGGGAGUCUAUGCUUAGGUUGCGCUAUCGGGUCUAUGACAAUUCUUUUCUUUUCCCCAUUAAAUCGCCCGGCGGGCCCUACCUCCCGCUCCCAUCCCAACGACAAAAGGCCUUUCAGAACCAGACCGAAAUGCGCACUCGCGAAUUCUGCUCAAAAUGGCUCCAUGACUCCUGUCUCGCGAAAAAUGCCGUCAUUGAGCAUGCAAAUCAUCGCCUACCCAAAGGAAGAGACAGCAGCGAAGCCCCGCUUGACCUUAUCACAUACUAGGGGCAACGAUGCGAGGGAGUAUGAACGACUUUAAUAGUCGUGUUCCUUCGCGUUCCAGUACAUGUAAUAAUAAAAAGGGUUAGGUUACCGAACCACAAGACUGUCUACAUAUGGGCCUAACC